UCAUCUGCACCAGUGUAGCCUCAGCUCAGUAUCAGGCAAGAAGAGAAGACGACAUUUAUUUCCGCCCCUCGGGAUCUCGAUAACAGCCGGACAGCCAUGGGCGAGGAAGCCCCGGCCGCGGUCACCGCGGCGGCGGCGGCGACGUCGUCGGCGCCCCACUUGCUCCUCAUAUGCUUCCCGGGGCAGGGCCACGUCAACCCCAUGCUCCGCCUCGCCAAGCGCUUCGCGGCCAAGGGUCUCCUGGUCACCUUCUCCUCGACCUCGUAUGUUGGAGGCAAGAUCACGGCCUCGUCCGGGGUGGAGGCUGGAGGCGACGGCGUGCCGCUCGGCCGCGGCCGCAUAAGGUUCGAGUUCUUGGACGACGAUUUCGACGGGAACGAGCUCGACGCCCUGAUGCGGCACCUGGAGACGUCCGGCCCGGUGGCGUUCGCGGAGCUGCUGAGGCGCCAGGAGGCGGCGGGGCGACCGGUGACGUGCGUCGUCGGGAACCCGUUCCUCCCGUGGGCGGUCGACGUCGCCCACGACGCCGGCAUACCCACGGCGGUGCUGUGGGUGCAGUCGUGCGCCGUGUUCUCGCUCUACUACCACCACGUGCACGGGCUCGUGGAGUUCCCGCCCGAGGACGACCUGGACGCGCGGGUCAAGCUCCCGGGGCUCCCGGCGCUGUCCGUCGCCGACGUGCCGUCGUUCCUGCUGCCGUCGAACCCCUACAAGCUCCUCACCGAGGCGAUACUGAAGCAGUUCCGCACCAUCCACAAGGCGUCGUGGGUGUUCGUCAACUCCUUCGCUGAGCUGGAGGCCGACGUGGUGGACGCGCUCCCGGGCGUCUCGCCGCCGCCGCCGCCGCUCAUCCCCGUGGGCCCGCUCGUCGAGCUGGAGGAGGAGGGCGCCGUGCGCGGCGACAUGAUCAAGUCGGCAGACGACUGCGUGGGGUGGCUGGACGCGCAGGCGCCGCGCUCCGUCGUGUACGCGUCGCUCGGCAGCGUCGUGGUGCUGUCCGCCGAGGAGCUGGCCGAGAUGGCGCACGGGCUCGCGUUCACCGGCCGCCCCUUCCUGUGGGUGGUUCGGCCGGACUGCAGCGCGAUGCUCCCGGAGGGGUACCUGGACUCCGUCGCCGGGCGCGGCAUGGUGGUGCCAUGGAGCCCGCAGGACCUGGUGCUCGCGCACCCGUCCACGGCCUGCUUCCUCACGCACUGUGGCUGGAACUCCACGCUGGAGACGCUCGCGGCGGGGCUGCCGGUGGUGGCGUUCCCGCAGUGGGGCGACCAGUGCACGGACGCCAAGUACCUCGUGGAGGAGUUCAAGAUGGGCGUGCGCAUCGGCGCGCCGCUGGGACGUGACGCCGUGCGCGACGCCGUGGAGGACGCCGUGGCCGGGCCGGACGCCAGCGCGAUGCUCGAGAACGCCAGGGCGUGGAGCGCGGCGGCGAGGACAGCCGUAGCGCCCGGCGGGUCGUCGGACCGCCACGUGCAGGCGUUCGUAGACGAGGUGGUGGCGCGAGCCAGCGGCGCGCGGGCAGAUAAGGAACCCGUGGCUGGGGAGCAGCAAGGUUUCGGUUCAUCUUCCAUACGUUGAAAUUAAGGAAUCUUUCAGCCAUCUUCAUUGAAAAAAUGUGCAGAGAUUUCUAAAGCUCAAAAGCGAGACACAACCGAAGCAGCUUUGUCUAGGUAGGCGGCUACGUUGGCGCACAGAGUUGGAAGCGUCGAUUGGUACGAGCAUCGCCGCCUAAUUGAAGUCAAUCGUCGACGCUAGGUUGGGAGUCUUGGAGCUUGGCACUGAAGUCUCAAGAUACUGCGAGAGCCAAAGCUAAUAAUCUCUUCAUCUUAAAAUAAGUUUCUCAACUUUAUAUUAUAUGAAAAUAUACAAAGUUGAGACAUUUAUUUUAAAUGAAAAAAGUAAUAAUUACAUUGGUAUUCGUAGCAUGAUAUUUCGUUCGGUUUGAUAAUCUUGUUAUAUUUGUUGUAAGUCAUACAGAGAGCCAGGCAAGCUAUACAUUUCAAUUAAUUGUGUCUA